AUGAGUGCUAAAAAGGUGGAAGGUUCGUCAGCUCUACGAGACCCGUACGAGGUGCUUUCUAUAUCAAAGGACGCAAACGAUCAGGAAAUCAAAUCCGCGUACACAAACUUGUCCCACAAGUAUCAUCCGGACAAGAAUGCUAACAACAAUGUUGAAGAUUCUAAUCUUUUCAAUGAAGCUGAACUUUCCUAUCGCAUUUUGUCUGACCCUGAAAAAAGAAGACAAUAUGAUAAUGGAGGGUUUGAGGUGGCACUUGAAGCUAAUGAAAUGGACAUGGAAAUUGACUUGUCUAACUUUGGGACUGUAAAUACAAUGCUUGUAGCAUUGUUCAGAAACUUAGGUGUACCUUUCAAGACUAGUGUAUCUGCCAAUGUUCUUGAAGAGGCUAUGAAUGGAACUGUUACAGUUAGGCCCCUUCCUGAUAUGAGCUUUGGCUACAAAAUGAUCUUGAACCAAAACAAGGAUGAGUUAUUAGCUGGUCUAAGGACCUCUCUAACUAACCCGGAUAAGGUGAAGAUGAAUGGUGGAUUGACAAGAACCACAAUAGAUGUGAAAGUCUAUUGA